UGCUUUGCAAACUGCCUAGGAUGACUUUCCUCCAGCCAUGUCUCAUCUGUUCAGCCCACGAAUGCCUUUAGAUGUGCACCCACUCAAUCUGUCCAAUCCAGAGGCUGUGUUUAAUUCCCAUCUUGUUGGAGUCAAAGAAACAUCCAGUGACUUUUCAUCUGUGGAUCUAAGCUUCCUUCCAGAUGAGCUUACUCAAGACAGUAAAGACCAGGUUGUCACUGAAAACAGGCACGAAACAGAGCAAAGUCGUAAAACUCAGGAUCGGCAAUGUCAGUUACAGUUGCCUGGUGGGGAGGACAAUGGGCUGUCUGUCUGUCUGUCACCAGACUCCCAUGCCCAUCUGUGCCCUGAUGGUGUGGCCUCCAACCAGCCCUCUCCAGAAAAACCAAACUCUGAUGCCUUACCUGUGGCAUCCAUAGUGUCCAUGACACCAAUGAACCCUGUUCCAGAAUGCUCUGGAAUUGUGCCUCAAUUACAGAAUGUAGUUUCCACUGCAAACCUGGCUUGUAAGUUGGAUCUGAGGAAAAUAGCUCUGAAUGCCAAAAACACAGAAUAUAACCCUAAGAGGUUUGCUGCGGUCAUAAUGAGGAUCCGAGAGCCACGGACAACAGCCCUCUUAUUUAGCUCUGGGAAGGUGGUCUGCACAGGAGCCAAAAGGUAUGAGGAUGAAGUUCCCAUUCCUACCCCAUGGGCAACUCAUGAUGUAAGAAAAGGAGCUUAG